AUGGUUUUAGGUUGGAGAAGGGCAUUCUGCACAUCCAUCCCAAAGGAUAAAGAUAGAGACUUACCAAUCAUUAAAGACAAAUCUGCUUCUGCUUCUGCUUCUACUCCAAGUCCAAGUCCAAGAAUCGGCUCCAGAUUUGGAGGGUUUUUCUCCAAUCCCUCCACCCCCCGCCCGGAUUCUGAAACCCCCAAUCUCCGGUGCAGAACCACGGCGGAGCUGCCCAAUGCCGCCGCCGCGACACUCUCCAGCAAAUCAACCCCACAGAGCCCAAGACUACAAUGCAAAACCAGAAACAGCCCCAGGCUGGGGCUUUUCCACCGCUCUGCUCCGUCUUCUCCGCGCUCCCCCUCCGCCUUCUCUUUGCUCAAGUCCGGCCUGCGCCUCUCAAAGGGUAGGUGUGGAAUAUGCUUACAUAGCGUGAAGACAGGGCAGGGAACCGCCAUAUUUACGGCGGAGUGCGGCCAUAGCUUCCACUUCCCCUGCAUCUCCGCCCACGUGAAGAAACAGGUCUCCCUCGCCUGCCCAAUCUGCAAUUUUUCUUGGAAGGAAAUGCAUCUUCUCGUAGCUGACGAUCACAACAAACCAUUUGGAGGCGGCGGCGAUGCAAUUCCCCGAGAGAACGAUAAGAGAUGCGUAUUGAAGGUUUACAAUGACGACGAGCCUCUGUCGUCUCCGACGUCCGGUGCACGAUUCAAUCCAAUUCCUGAAUCGGAUGAAACCGAGGAGGAAUACGACGAAUUCCCAGGCUUCUUCGCCACCAACAGUGUGAUUCCCGCCGGUGAGCUGAAGGCGAAGAAUAUGGACGUCGCUAUGCUGCCGGAAGCGGCUGUGGUUUCAGUCGGAAGGACCAGCGAGACUUACGCCGUCGUUUUGAAAGUCAAAGCUCCGGCGGCGCCUGUACGCGGAAUUUCGAUCGAUUUGGUAAUCGUUGUUAACGUCAGCCGGAGUCUCAUCGCCGAGAAGCUUCAAUUGUUGAGGAGAAUGAUGAGAGUCGUCGUUUCAUCUCUAACCGCCGCCGACCGCCUGUCAAUUGUGGCGUUUUCCACUUCUUCGAAGCGGUUACUGCCGCUUCGAAGAAUGACAACUUCCGGCCGGAGAUCCGCCCGUAGAAUUAUCGACGCAAUAGUUCCGUUGGACGGCGGCGCCACCAGCGCUACUGACGCGCUUAUGAAGGCGGCGAAGGUCAUCGAGGACCGCCGCGAGAAAAAUCCUGCAUCAAGCAUCUUGCUAUUCUCCGACGGCCAUCGCGGCGGUCCAAUGGUUUCUUCCACGCGAUUCUCCCACUAUGAAAUCCCUCUCCAUUCCGUGAACCUCAGCGCGUGCCUCAAAUCGCCGCCGGCGGACGAUACAUUCGCUGAAUUGCUUAACGUCGCCGUUCAGGAUCUCAAAAUUCAGCUAGGGUUUACAUCGGGGUCGGCUCCGGCGGAGAUAAGCGCGGUGUAUUCGUACGCGGGUAGGGCGUCGUUUGUCGGGUCCGGGUCAAGCUGGUGCCGGGUCGGGGACCUGCACUCCCAGGAGUCUCGAGAAUUGUUGAUUGAAUUGCGGGUCCCAUCAUCAUUGGGUGGGGCCCAUCGCCGCCUGACCGUUCGAUGCACUUACAAAGACCCGUCAACUCAAAAAACCAUAUGCGACAAGGAGCGCCCCAUUUCGGUGCCUCGCCCACGCGCCGUCGGAUCAUCUGCCACGCGGGACAUCCAACGCCUCCGAUGCCUCUUCGUCACCACACGCGCCGUCGCCGAGAGCCGGCGAAUGGCCGACAACAGCGACGUGGACGGCGCCCACCACAUGUUGGCUUCGGCUCGGGCUAUGGUUCUGCAAUCGGCUUCCGGCUCGAGCGAGGAGUUCGUGCGCGGGCUCGAAGCUGAGCUGGCUGAGCUGAAUUGGAAGCGGCAGAACGGAAUGCUGCCGCGGCGGAGGAGCAGCCGGGGAAGAGAAGCUGCACGGGCGGAGGACAAAGCCGCCGCCGCCGCCGAGCCGCUUACGCCGACGUCGGCUUGGAGGGCGGCUGAGCGGCUAGCUAAAGUGGCCAUAAUGAGAAAGUCAUUGAAUAGAGUCAGCGAUCUACACGGCUUUGAGGAUGCAAGAUUUUAAUUAAUCUUAUUUUUCCAUUUUCCUAUUAUUAUCAUUCGUAAUAAAAAUUAAAAUAAAAAAUCCAAAAAAAAGGGACAUGUAUAUCUAAAUGUAUAAAUGAAAAAGAGACCCCACGUAGUGUAUUGUAUUAUUAACUGAGAGGGGUAGGGUUGGGGGGUCCUCUCAGCUUUUUGUCUUUAUUUUACUUGCUCUAUUAUUUUCAA